CGACAAAAAACUUGACAAGAAAAAGAAGAAAAUAAAAGAACACCCACUGUACUUUUUCUUCUUCCUCCUCUUCCUCUUCCCGUCGCUAAAAGUUUCCCUUGGCUCUUCUUAUCAUGUCUUUUUGAUACAUGAAGAACUAAGGACCAAGGCUAUGCAUAUAUAUAUAUAUGUGUGUAAAUUACAAAUAGCCUUUCAAUCUAGUUAGAAAGAAAAACCCACUUCUGUGUUGGAAUUUUCUUGGGUAUACUUAAUCAAGACUCAGGUCUACUUAAAAGAAACGCCAUUUCUACUUACAACUCUCCAACCUUCCAAAAGAAAUAAAUCCAAACCAUAAACAGAAAAAAAAAAAAAAGAAGAAGAAGAACAAAAUGGUUGUUACAGAUUCUGAAGUACUCUCUCAAAGCGAGGUGGAGGAGUCCCCAUUGCAACCCGACCAACAGGCUAAUAAAAACCAUCCUCUUGCGUCUCUCGGCACGCAAUCCUCAAUCUACUCUCUUACCCUCGACGAAUUCCAGCAUACACUCUGUGAGAGUGGUAAGAAUUUCGGAUCCAUGAACAUGGAUGAGUUUCUUACCAGUAUUUGGAAUGCAGAAGAAAAUCAAGCUACUGCUACUAGUAAUAAUGAUCAUAUAAAUAAUAAAGGAAAUCAAGUGUUUAUUGAUGUUGGCAGCGACAGAGGUAUAUCUAAGCAGCCUAGUUUGCCUAGACAAGGAUCCCUUAGUUUGCCUGCACCAUUGUGUAGGAAAACUGUCGAGGAAGUUUGGUCUGAAAUACACAGAGAGUCAGAGUCAGAGUCAGAGUCAGAGUCAGAGUCAGAGUCAGAGACAGGGACGACGAGUAGUAAUAAUGUGCAGCAGAAUCAUGAACCUACUCCGCGGCAGCCGACUUUUGGAGAGAUGACAUUGGAAGAUUUUCUUAUUAAAGCAGGAGUAGUAAGAGAACAACAGAGUGCUGCUCCAUCAGCACAGCCUCAGCAGUUUGGGUUGUAUCAAAGUACUAAUACUAAUAAUAACAAUGCUAUGGCUACAAGUUUUCUUUCCAGACCUGUUUUGGGAAUGGCUGCUGCUGGUGGUGGUGGUGGUGGUUAUCAGACAAUUCAACAAAAUGCUGGGCCUGUGGUGGAAACAGCAGCACCUCCACCACCAGGAUCAGUUUAUGGGGGAAGAGUGGGUAAUAGUGGUGGUGGAUAUUCGCCGAAUCAGGCAAUGGGAGUGGUGGGACAAGUGAGUCCAGUGUCAAAUGAUGCAAUGGUUAGUAAUAAUAGUAUUGAUAAUACAGUAAAUCAAUUUGGAAUAGACAUGGGUGGGUUAAGAGGAAGGAAGAGAAUUAUUGAUGGACCAGUAGAGAAGGUUGUUGAGAGGCGGCAACGGAGGAUGAUCAAGAAUAGAGAGUCUGCUGCAAGGUCUAGAGCUCGAAAACAGGCAUACACAGUUGAACUAGAAGCAGAGUUGAACCAACUAAAAGAAGAGAACGAACAGCUUAGGCAUGCUCUGGCAGAGCUUGAGAAGAAAAGGAAACAGCAGAAUCUUGAAGAUUUGAGAAUGAAAGCUCAGACAAAAGCCCAAAAGGCUAAAGAUAAACUGAGGAUGAUGAGAAGGAAUUUGAGCUGUCCCUUGUAAUAUUGCAAAGCAAUGAAUUUUGAGAUUAGAAGCCAUAAAUUGCAAUCCAAUAGAUAUAAAGAAAUCGAAGGAUUGGAUCAAGAGUGCAGAAUGAUGUGGAUUUGGAUGGAGAAGUUCUCUCUGAACUAAUUAUGAUCUCCUCAAUUAUGGGUUGUAUAAAGUUCAGUUAUGUCAUUGACAUAGUUACAAGAGCUAGAUUUUCUUAUUGUUAUUCCGUAUAUUUGGUUGGUCUUACCAUCUUCUGGGCAAAUGUCCCUUGCAAAUCUGCCUGGCAGACUUUGAGACUUUUGAGUACGAUAAAGCCGUGCCUAAAUGUAUUCAGACUAGGGAAAAGAAAAGAUAUCUGACGCUUUUAAAAUUUAUAUAUAUAUAUAUAUAUUAUCUUGUUUGGAAAAUA